UCUAUACUUACUACGUCUAUGCUCGCAAGUGUAUUACGGUUGAUUGCAGUGUAUUGCGUACGUUACUUGUAAAAUUGUAUUUAUAAAAUUAUUGCUUGAAAUCACGAGAAAAAAUUAAAGGUUUCGAAAAUGGGAAAAGGAUUCAACAAUUACAUGUGCAAAAAGUUCUUCCAUCCAGCAUCGCGAGAUAAUUUGAAACGAGUAUGGAUGGCAGAACAGCAAGCAGAGGCAUACAAGAAGAAGCAAGAGGAAUUGCGAGUGCAGUAUGAAAAAGAGCAAGAUCUUCAUAAUAACAAAGCAUUGCUCAGCAAAGAGAGCAAGGAUAAACUUAGCGUAAAUUUCAUGUAUGAACCACCUCCUGGAGCAAAGAAAGAAAGGGAAAAGGAAGAUAAUGAGCCUGAAUACAAGUUUGAAUGGCAACGGAAAUAUAAUGCUCCAAGAGAAAGCUAUUGCAAAGGAGACAGUGAGAUUCGAGAUCAACCGUUUGGUAUACAAGUGAGGAAUGUACGAUGUAUUAAAUGUCACAAAUGGGGACAUAUAAAUACAGAUAAGGAAUGCCCUUUAUAUAGUCAAGCUAUGAGUGUUGUAAUGGCUAACACCAGUAAUUCACAAACUCCAUCCGCUCCAGACACUAUGACACUUGUACAACAGAUGAGAGAAGAUGGUUUGGCUUUGAAAAAAUCCGCACUGGAUGCACAACAGCAUUUACGAGUUCCAGAGCAUGAGCAUCUUAUGGUUUCCGAGGAUGAGGAACAAUCAGAAUUGUCGUUUCUGAAAUCUCUAUCAAAGAAGGAAAAGAAAAAAUUAUUAUUGAAAUUACAGCUUCUUGAAAAAAAGAACCGUAAGAAAGCUAAAAGAAGACUGAAACAGAAGAAAAGUAACAAAAAAUCCAGCAAUAGUAGCAGUGAUAGUAGUGAUAGUAGCAAUAGUAAUAGCGAUAGUGAUAGCAGCAGCACCAGUAAUGAUAGCAGCAGCAACGAUUCAGAUGAUUCCCAUUCAAGAAAAGACAGAAAGAAAAGGAAAAAGUCCAACUCGAAAGAGAAAAUUCACAAGUACAAGAGGAAACGAAGUAGCCAUGCACAUAAGCACAAACAUAAGGAAAUGAAUGGUAAUGCCAAACAUGAUAAAGAUAAGAAUCACCAUGAUAGGAAAAGAAAAUUCAAAGAUGAAAACAAGAGCAGAGAUAACUCGCGGCACGGUGAAGCAAAGAAAAAACAUGUACAUUAAUGAUUAUUGUGACAUUAUUUAUAAAAUGUAAAUGUAUUGCUUAUCGAAUGACUAAUAAUAAUAAAAGGAAACUUCAUUUACGA